CUCAAACCCCCUCUUGACUGUCGCGUCUGCCAAGAUGGGUCUUAUCACAGGACUCUGUACUUUCUUGUACCAUUUACCUCAGAUAUACAAAUGGCUGCUGAAGCCGUAUUAUAUCACUUCGUUCUUCAUGACCGUCGCCUUCCUGGUGGUCCGAAAGGCUCCAGGUCUGUGCGAUCACCUGGCGACCGAGCGUGAGGACGGCAACUCCUGCGACUUUGACUGGAGAGAAAUGGAAAUACUCAUGUUUCUCAGCGCAAUAGUGAUGAUGAAGAACAGGAGAGCGAUCACAAUGGAGCAGCACAUAGGCAACCUGUUCCUGUUCAGUAAAGUGGCCAACACCAUCCUCUUCUUCAGGCUGGACAUUCGGCUCGGCAUCAUUUACCUCGCAUUGUGUGUCGCAUUCGUCAUGACCUGUAAGCCACCUCUCUACAUGGGCCCCGAGUACAUCAAGUACUUCAGUGACAAACCAUAGAUUGAUGAUGAGCUGCAGAGAGACAGUCGUGUCACCUGGAUUGUUGAAUUCUACGCCAACUGGUCCUCCGAGUGCCAGUCUUUUGCUCCCGUUUUUGCCGACCUUUCUCUCAAGUACAACUGUGCUGCACUCCGGUUUGGGAAGGUGGACAUUGGACGCUAUGGAGAGGUUUCAGAGAGGUACAAGGUUAGUACUUCCCCUCUGGCUAAGCAGCUGCCCUCACUGGUGCUUUUCCAAGGAGGGCGGGAAAUAAUGAGACGUCCAAUGGUUGACAGUAAAAGGAGAGCUGUAUCUUGGACCUUCAAUGAGGAGAACAUAAUCCGAGAGUUUAACCUCAACGAGCUCUUCCAAAAAUCCAAGAAGCUGAGCAAAGGUUGUGAUUUCCAUGAAAAGGAACAGAAUGGCUCUCAGCCAGAGGAGGGCAGCGAUGAGCUACCUCCGGGAACCAACAACCCAGCGCUGCCCACGGAGAGCAAGAAAGACCAGUGAAGGGGACAAUUCUGAGGGGCUGCAUGACGUCUUUCCUUUUCUUCCAACAUUGCUACGCCUCACGUAGAGGAAAAUAGGUUCAACCAAUACACUAAGUCGUUCCUGUGACUAAUAAAUACCCCAAAAAGCUGGACCACAGUUCCUGGUCUGACUGGGGAUGAUGCAGUGUGGUUUGAGUGCAGCCAUGUAAAAGAAAUGCAAUGAUUUGGGGAUAUUUUAUUACAGCCAUUAAGUUAUUUAAGAACAAAUGCCUUUUUUUAAUGAUUGCUUUUUGGGCUGCUUUCAGCACCGUCACGGUGUGUAAACUUUUGCUUCCUGUAUUUUGCAACCAGUAUGUUUACUUAUGUCUCGUAUUUCAAAACCAAAGAAACUGAAAUAAAUAAAAAAAAUAAGUGUGCACA